AUGACGGCCAUAGAUAAAUUCUUUGAGAUCGCCAACGCCAAAGGCCGUAUCGACGAAGCGGCCGUCGCGGAGAUCUAUGAUCAAUUAGACGCGAUUCCCUCGGAAGGACUCGUUGGCAGCUGGAAGGGGACCAGCUUGGAUACUGGUCAUCCUGCACACGAGCGUCUGCUCGAAGUCAGCUGGGCCGGAAAGGACUUCCACUCCAUCGAUGAUGUUGAUCCGGUCAUAAUCUACGACGACAGUGGGAAGCGCGUGGUCUCCGAAGAGUUUGGAAAAGCCAGGAUCCGCCAGGUAAUCUUUCGCGAUGUUGCGACCGCGUCGAUGGUCUACGACAAACUAGCAAUCAUCGACUCAUUCCGACGCGUCACCGAUGACAUUGUGUUGGGCGCCAUGGACAGCCGGGACUUGAAUGUUCACGGCACAUAUUAUUUCUAUCUUACGCGGAACCGGGAUUAA